CACAGGAAGUUGAAUUAUCAGCUGAUCCUGCUGGCUGUUGUUGAUGCCUGAAGUUGCUGUUGUUUGGACACUGUGUUGCUCUUAUCUGCUUCUGACAUUGAAGACACAUUGAACCCGAGAAAGGGACACGGUGGGCAUUUACCAACUGACGAGUUUAUGAGUAACAAGGGAAGCGUCUCAUCGCGAGGACUUUGAAUUUGCGUACUAGCGGCAGAAGAGCUAGCUCUAAAGCUUGAACCUUCGGUUGAAGGAAGAAAGAAAAACAGCAAAGACAGCCGACGGCUUGGCGUGCUUCCUUUGUUUAUGUCGUGCCAGUCUGAACCGCAAUAUUAAUUUUCAGUGUCUUGAAUUUAGAUGUUUUAUCUGCAUACACGUUAUUUAUAUUUAUACUUAAGUUCCAGUACGCGAAAGGGGCAGCUAGCUCGUCAGCUAACAUUAGCCCAUAGCGCAAAGAAACAGUCUUGUUGUCAAGCUUUGAUGCUUUCGUAACCGCCCGACAGUGAUAGAUAACGAUAGCUAACGGUGAGAGUAGUCGGGCUUGGAGGAAUUUUGUCCGUGCCUCUGUAUUGUUUAGCUGUUUUUCAUCGGAUCAGGUGCUCUUGGUCUGUUGGAUACACAGGAGACCACACUGUAGCCGAACAAGUUAUUGUUCAUUUAUUAAAUCGAAGCCUGUUGGACAAGUCCGAUCUGUCUGCUUGUUUUUUCGUGACUUAACUUUAAAUAAAUUCAGGUUGGGGUUUUUUCUGUAUCGAUUUUUAAACCCCACAAACAGGCAGUAGGUUAACUGACAGCUGGCCUUGUGCGUUUUAGGUUUGCUGACAGGUUGCGUAAUUUGUUUGUGUGCAAGCUGUCAGUCUUCGCUGGGUGACUUGUUAAAUUGUCAUUUAAAACUUGUGUAUUUCUGUAAGCCUUAGGUGUUCGGCCUUAGGUGGCGUUGUGGAUAUCAAUUCAAAUAUUUAACACAUUUUACCAUUUCUUACCCUUUUAAUGUCAAGAACAUAUGACAUGUGAUAAAGAAGUAACCUGUUACUGUAACUCACAGAUUGAGUAGUUGCUUGAUGCUCACACUCAUGAAUUCGGUAGGUUUAGAAAAAUAAGUAUCUAGAGUUAUGAAUUAGAGUAGUCAGCUGAAACUAUUGUGAGACAGUACUGUGAUCAGGCAGAGACAAGUGGAGAGAAAGGGUCCCUCAGAGGGUCCCAUUGUGUCUUGAGGUGAGGUGAGCUACCCCCCCCCACACUACUUGCCAAUGCUGGAUCUGGAGGUGGUGCCUGAGAGAUCACUAGGAAAUGAGCAAUGGGAAUUCGCCUUAGGGAUGCCAUUGGCCCAGGCCAUCUCCAUUCUUCAGAAACACUGCCGCAUCAUCAAGAAUGUCCAGGUGCUAUACAGUGAACAGACACCACUCAGCCAUGACCUCAUACUGAACUUGACUCAGGAUGGGAUUAAACUGCUGUUUGAUGCCACGAAUCAGAGACUCAAGGUGAUUGAAGUGUAUGACCUGAGCAAAGUCAAGUUGAAAUACUGUGGAGUCCAUUUCAACUCUCAGGCCAUUGCCCCCACAAUAGAGCAAAUAGACCAGUCAUUUGGAGCUACACACCCUGGAGUUUACAAUGCAGCAGAGCAGUUGUUCCAUCUCAACUUUCGAGGACUGUCCUUCUCCUUCCAACUGGACUCUUGGAAUGAAGCUCCAAAAUACGAGCCUAACUUUGCCCUGGGUUUGGCCUCCCUGCAGAUUCCACAUGGGGCCAUGGUCAAGAGGAUGCACAUCUACACUGGCAACAACCUGCAGGAAACAAGAGCUCCGGCAAUGCCUUUGGCUUGUUUCCUUGGCAACAUCUAUGCAGAGUGUGUGGAUGUCCUGAGAGAUCGGGCAGGGCCCCUGGGGCUCAAACUCCGCCUUCUCACUGCAGGAGGCUGUGGUCCUGGUGUGAUGGCUGAUGCUAAAGUGAGGUCCCUAGAGAGGAGCAUCUACUUUGGAGAUUCCUGUCAGGAUGUACUUGGUGCUCUGGGUUCACCACAUAAAGUCUUCUACAAGUCUGAGGACAAGAUGAAGAUCCACUCUCCAUCACCUCACAAGCAGGUUCCCUCUAAAUGUAACGACUACUUCUUCAACUACUUCACCCUUGGAGUGGAUAUCCUGUUUGACUCGACAACUCACCUGGUUAAGAAGUUUGUCCUCCAUACCAACUACCCUGGACAUUACAACUUCAAUAUAUAUCAUCGAUGCGACUUUAAGAUUCCACUAGUCAUCAAAAAAGAAGGAACUGAUUCUCAGACAGAGGACUGCAUCUUAACCACCUACAGCAAGUGGGAUCAGAUUCAGGAACUGCUUGGUCACCCGAUGGAAAAACCUGUAGUGCUCCACAGGUCCUCUUCAGCCAAUAAUACCAAUCCAUUCGGCUCUACCUUCUGUUUUGGACUGCAGAGGAUGAUCUUUGAGGUGAUGCAGAAUAACCACAUAGCAUCAGUGACCCUCUACGGUGCUCCACGGACUGCCAGUCAAGCCCGACCUGAGUCCAGCAGUAGUUCCCACUGAACAAGUAACCAGAACCACAUCCCAUUCUGGCCUGUCCUGAAUCUAGUACCUCUUCUGACUGAACGUCUAAUCCAGAGCCAGAUUCUUAACCAAGCAGACCUAACCGAGAACAACUAAGUUAUUAAUGCCCAGCUCAGAUGCUAAACAUUAAGCAGAAACACAACCCAAGAACCCAAGAUGACUCCGAAACAACCAAAUCAGACCUGACAUUAAUCAGCUUUUCCUAGUGGGUACUAAGAUUUAUUCUUCCAAUCAGACACACCCAGCCAGCACACUCAUCAAAACUCUGACUAUCCAGUGAUGCCCAGGAUCUGUUAACGUGGUCGCAGUGCUGGAGCAUAGAUGGUUUGAAAUGAAACCGAUGAAAUUAUUUCUUGGUUGUGUGGGAAUAUCACUCUGGUGCUGCAAACUGACACGGUGAAGAAAUCUGCAUUCUGGUAGAGCCUCAGCUGUUUCCUGUCUCCAUCCUGUGACUGCAUCCGCCCAGGACCACAGAAGAAGAGUUUGUCCAGACUGUAGUUUGGGCGGCACGGUUCCACCAAAAGGUGACAAUAACCUCCAUAACAUUGUGGUGAGACAGCUAGUAUUUGAAUUCAUCGGCUUCAAAACUCUAAAUGCUUAACAUCAGUGGUAGAGUUGUGAACUUAGUAUGGCUGCUGCUGAAAACUGCUGUGGCCAAAGUCUUGAAACAAACCCUGGCUUGACUCUCUGCCUAUACAUCAACCAACCACACUGCCAGCUCAACCAGUGCCGCCUGUCUUCCUGCCACAACUUCAGAACCAGACCCGACUGGCUCAGUCCAAAACCCGGAUUCAUCCAAAACCACAAGAACCAAAUCAGCCCAGUCCAACCAAGAGACAUCAGAGCCAAACUCACCGAGAGCUGCAGAGGACUGUUACCAAAAACAGAAAAAAAGAUGAGAAUCCAGAUUUGGUUGUAUGAGAGAAGAACCAAACACACCAGGGUGUGGAGAGAGACGUGGCCCAGAAGGUGACCCGCUGCACAGACGGGCCAAUCAAACAAGAUGUGAAGCCUCUUUUAAGCAGAAUGAUCCAAACAUCCAACAUCACCUCCCCAAUUAUUGUCUCCCUCUUCAUCCUCCUACUCGUUCUUCAACUUUGUUCUGUGGUGCCCUCAAAGACACACACGCACACACACGCACACACACGCACACAUACCACACACACACACACACACACAAGCACACAUAACAACAGUAAGCACUCUACUAACCCAAACCUGUUACUUGCUGCUCUGGACGUUAGCGUCACACACACUCACAUAAAUUAAUAUCUGCAUGUGUUAGACUGCUGGUUUUUAAAAUUUUUAUUUCAAGACUUCAAUUCAAGCACACACACGCAGCAUUUCAACUCCUUCACUACUGUGUCCUUAUGUAUUUCUAAUACAUAAAAGCUGGCUCUUCUUUUUUAGCCUUUUAAGCGCUACACAAGUAUGGAAAAUCACAGGCAUGACACAAGAAUUUGCAUGAACUUGGCAGAUGUUUUUGAACAGGUAGAGACUUAUUACAAGCACAAACUGGCGAAACUGUUGUGUUUCUUUGAUCCUGCAUGUUAUGAGGGGCAUCGACUUGGCACACAAUUUCUUUAUUUCUCUCUGCCCUCUGUCCCUCGUUCACACCGUGACCAUUUUCAUUACGCUUUGUGUUUUUAAAAUCUGUUUCUUCAUUUGCACUAAUACACACCUUUUUACUUGACUGGUUGAUUGUGCGCUAUGCUUAGAGAUGGAUUCAUGGAGAAAUUUGGAGAGAGAGCGUGUGUGUGUGUGUGUGUGUGUGUGUGAAUGUAUGUGUGUUGGUUUUUUUUUUUUUUUAAUCCAAAAGUUUGGACAGAGGAGGGGUCCUCCUGUGGUGCAUGGUGUUUGCAGUCAUGUCCUCUGUGUUACAAUCUUCUCCCUCUAUUUCCUCUGCGCUUUCUUCAUCUCUACAUCUGAUUGAUGCAUUGCAGUUCAUCUCUCAGCAAUGUCUACAUUUAUUUCUUUGUUGAAUUGCCAAAUGCUACAGCCAAAGACGUUUCAGGAUGAUUUCAUUUGAUCUGCCGACAUUAUCACUGUAAUCUCCUGUCUGAACCUGUCCAAUGGAGAGAGGCGUUUUUUUGGCCUUCUCCUCUCUUCACAUCACAUCUGCACAUCAGAGUCACUGCUGUGGUAAAGCCUCUAAAUUCAGCUCCUGGUUUCUUUAACUGCUGACAGUAAUUACACAGGGGAAAAAUGGCUGAUUUUAUGUGAGUGUUUUGAAACCAAUCAGCCUGUCUUUCAUCUGGAUUCGGUUAGAGACACGUUAACAAUAGUAACAACUAGUCUCGUCCCUGUUGUGAGUGUGUCUCAAUAACAGUGGUUAUUGUUGUCACAGAGCUGUAAUUUAAAGAAUUACCACUAUUUCUAUGUGGAUUCUGUACACUCAGAACAUCAGUCAUUCCUUCAUCGUAAUAUAUGACUACAGUUUGCAUCUCCCUCCCAAUGUAUAAAUUUAAGUUCUUUUUAAUUACAAGCAACUGAAUAAACUGUGUAUUAAUUUUAA